AUGCAUUCUGAAUCUCUGAUUCUGAAUGUAGUGAUGUGAAAUAUUAUUAAAGACAUGGAUGACCAUUGCAAGUUAGACAAAGGCGAAGUGUUUCAAGGUUAUGAUUGUUUACUUAACUUUGUUCAUGAAAAAUCAGAUAAAUUUUACCGUAUUCAAGUGUUGAAAAAUGACAAAGGAUUUCAUGUUUGGACAAGAUGGGGAAGAAAUGUAAGUGUCGUUUUUAAUAUUCUGAAAAACUUGAUCUCGUGUAACAAAUUACUCAUUACUGGGUUUUACAAUUUUAAGAUCUUAAUAUUGUAGUUAAUUUAUUUACUUUGUUAUAUUUAUUUGCAAAUCUUUAUAGCCAUAUUAUGCACCUAUCAAUAUUAUGCAUGAAUCAAUUCCUCGAGUAACCAUCCCCCGGAGACACCUGGAAAUUUGCCGGCCUGAUAGACAGUUCACAGGGGUCGGGAAUUUGCCUUUCAUAUACGUGCAUGGGGGCCGGGUAUUGUUAUAGUCGCUAAGGACCCAAGGGAUUUGACAAAUGGUUGCCCAGAAUUCCACCGGCAAAUUUUAAGGCAGCAAAACCUAGUUUUAGGCACGCAUGUUGGUUUGCUGAUCGUAUUUUACGCCCUCGUGGUCAAGGUGGCGUGAAAUUUAUUGUCAGAAUAAGCGAAAAUUAUAACCUGUGCCAUGCAAAUUUAAAUAGGUUUAUGAUUUCAUUGUUUAAUUAAAUAUACUUUUAACCACUCUUAGCAAGAAUCAAGUUUAUAUUAAAGUUUUAUAAUAUUCCAUAGCAGUUUAAUACUAUAAUGUUAAAUGACAAUGCUAUUACGUUUAAAAUCGUCCCCAGGGUGGGGCAUUUUCCACUCUCAGCUUGCCUAAGGGCCGUUCUGCGAUUAGUCUUCAUACAAGUUGUGUCCCGACACCCAGGCAUUUACACUAUCGUAACCAAUAAAAUCAAAUGCCCGGGUGUGUUCCCGGGGGGGGGGGUGGUGUUACUCCUGGAAUUGACUCAUGCAUUAAUCCCGGGGGGUAAGGGUGCGGGCAAUGGUUGGGGAUUUAACAAAAAAUUAGAAAAUUGGGUCAAAUGCCGGCUUGGUGGGGCAUCCUAAGAUGAUCAAAUGUUUCAAAACAGACGCACCUAGGGGAUAGAUAGAGGCAAAAUAUUUUAAUAAAUUAAAUAUUUAAUAUCAAGAGCCACAAAAAGCGUCUGGGCAUCGUAAAUUUUAGCCCCAGAAUUCAGACUGUGUACUGUAUUCAAAUUCCCAAAGGCCAGAAAAGACAGAAGUGGAAGCAGAAAUAAAAAAUAAAAGUUUCCGAGCUUUCGGUUUUCUCGAUUACAGGCUCCAGGCUUCGUACUGAAAUCGCAUGACGGCAUGUCGAAUUAUGUUGAAUGACUAAUCGCCCACACCCGGGCAAAGAACUUUGUCAAAUGCCCAUCUGUGGGGAUAGAAUUCACGGUCAAAUCCCCACCCAUUGCCUGCACUCUUACCCCCCCCCCCCGGAUUAAUAUUGAUAGGUGCAUUAAAUUGACAGGUGAUUCCUUGGUUAGUGGGCCAAGUUGACCAGCUUCCAUUCCUAUAGACCCUCAGAAAUCCUCAAAAUGCACAAAAAUUUAGCUUAAUUUCUAAUUACUGGCUAACUUCCAUGUUUCCUUGUCAGUUCUCGUAUAAUUUACCUGAAAAUUGACUUAAUUUAAGUCUCCUAGAAAUUUACCUGAAAUUUCUCAUUAACAAUGUUUGGGGGUUGGAGAUAUUAUACCCCCACUCCCUUGCACACAGUUGCUAUGGACCUGUAUGUGGCCCCUGCCUAAAUAGUUAUUGUGUAAGGAUGAAAAUUUACAGAUAACAGGCAUGCCCAUGUAUGCAGCAAGAGCCAGCCAACUAGGGCCCCACUGAAAUAGGAUAUUAGGGGACUUUCAAUCAUGCCAUUUUUUGAAAUCCAAAAUUUUGAAAUAAUGUUAGGAACUUCUAGCGGGUAGGUCAUAUGGGAUCACUUUACCCAUUGAUGAGUAAAAUUGUCUAGUGUUGGCCGCAAUUUACAGUCAGAUGCAAUGUAUUAACUUAUUAAUGAAAAGUUUUUCUCAAUCAAUUAAAUUGCAUGCUACUUAUCAGGGCCGUAUGCAGGAUUUUUUUACGAGGGGGGCAGUAAGGCCUAUAUGCCGAGACAAGUCCUGAAUAUCCAAAGAACAAUUAAAGAUGGUGUGAAGUCUAUAAUGUAAACAAAUGCGUUGUAUUAUUAUUCUACUCUACCUAGUACCUUAUUAUUCUACUCUCAGUCUAACACAUACAUGUACCAUAUGAUUUUACUCAUUAAGAGGAGACUGGAGAGUGACGACGCAACAGAUAAAGACAUAAAGAACUUUUUCAAGGCCAAAUUAAAUAACAUUGAAAAAUGUCACAAUUAAGCUAAAAAAGAUAAAUACUGUAGUUAAAUAGUCUAAAUUAGUUGUAAAUAUCCUGUUAUAUAAUUUGACACAUUUUUUCUGUAAUAAAUUUUUUCUGCUAUUUAUUUCUCUUUUUCCUUCACCUUGGUUAAUUAAUUCUUUUAAUAGGCAAUUUGAUUUGGAGGAUUUAUACAAGAAUUUCUAUAGGAUCCAAUAUGAAUUUCUAUACAAAUCUAAGAAAUUCCUAUGAGAUCCUAUAUGGGGAUUUCUAUGCUAUAGGAAUUCCUAUAGGAAAUUGGACCAAAAUCUAAUAGGAAUUCAUAUAGGAUCCUAUAGGAAUUCCUAUAUGAAUUCCUAUUAGAUUUUGGCCCAAUUUAAUUCCUAUAGAAACUAUAGGAUUCUAAUAAGGAAUUCCUAUAGGACAUUGGGCCAAAAUCUAAUAGGAAUUCCUAUAGGAUUUUUUCGUAAGCAUGGUGCGCAAUAUGGGUUAACAAAAGUCACAUAGGUAAUAUUUAACAAUUAUUCACCGAAGGUGCAUGAGGUAAUAUUCAACCUGUAGGAUUUGUUAUGUUCACUUGUGCAAAAAUACUAAGAUUAAUUAACCCAUUGAGUGCUACUGUAUAUAGCACUUUCCUCUUGUCCUCUUGAUGAGUGAAAUUGUCUCUGCAUGGUCAAAGUAAAAUAACUUUAAUAGCGCAUUAAUAUAGGCCUGCUACUUAACCUUAUAAUGCCACUUAACCUUCAAAAUUAUUAGGGAACUGAUGGGCAAAGUAAGCUAGAAGGUCCAAUCAACCAAGAAGAUGCCAAGAAAAAUUUCAAAAAGAAAUUUCAGGAGAAAACAAAAAAUAGUUGGGAUGAACGUCAGCAAUUCUCUCCAGUGAAAGGGAAAUAUUCACUAGUAAUUGAGAAGACUGACUCUUCUAAGAGUAGCCAAGUAACUGACAGUCAGGUGAGAAUUGGAAAAUUAUAUAAAUUCAGCAAAUUCUUGUGUCAUUAAUUCCAUAUUCCAUUAUCAUUUCAGUUCACUUUUCAAAGCAUGUUUCCCAAGUUAGUUGUGAAUAUUCCCAAUUAUAUUUCUAUAAAUUUAGAUUAUACUGUAGUUCAGUCACAUUAGUCAGAGCACUGAACAGGUUUUUUGCAAGGAUUUAACAGCUUGAAUUUAGCACAAUUGUAGAUAACUAGAUUAUAUUAUUUUACAUAAUUUACAUAGACAAUUCCAGUACAUUUAACAAUAAGAAAAAUACUAGAAAGAUGGAGUCUGGAAAAUAUGGAGAAUAUACUAUGAAACAAUAGACUAGGUCCCAUUUAUGAUGCACAGCACUAUAUGAGAUACGGUACUACAUGCCAGUCUGGUGUUGGGAUCCUAGCGGCGCUACAUGCAAGUGCCUAAUUAAUUUAAGCUAACUGUAACAUGCUUCGUCAGCCGUUGGGAUCCUAGGUAGCGGCUCUACCUGCAAGUGCCUGAAGCUAACUGCAAUCCUUGCUCAGAAGCUCUUAUGCAUGCUUAAGUAAAGUAGAAAAUUUCAAUUUUUCCGAAUACAUUUUGGAAUAUUUACCGAGAAGAUUUAAUAAGAGUCGUACUCAAGACGUAAAUUCAUCAAAUGAUGCCAUCACUAAAAACUUAAAAUUUCCUGUUCUGUGGCCGAAUUUUAUUCAUCAGCCGACAAUCGUGUCGGCCUGAUGUAUGAAAAUGUUUGAGCAAUUGAGUUUGAGCAAAUUAGCGCGGACACUCAAUUUUGACAACAAGAAACAUAACUCAAAUAAAUUUCUUCGGUGCCCGAUCUCCUGUCGCAAUUUCCAAACUUCAAGCGAAGCGGGCAAGUUUGGACCAUGCACGCAUACCCUGGUUCCAGAGGUUUAUUUUUAUUAUUAUCAUUGCGAAGGGGAGAGGGAAAAUAAACCUCUGGAACCAGGGUAAUGCACGCAGGGCUAACUGCAAAUCUUUUUUGGCUACUUGCAAAAAAGCUAAAUAUACAGGCAUGAACUGUAAUUCUUGGUUAGAAGGUCUUGUGCUGCAUGUUUAUGUAUAGAAAAUCUCAAUUACUAGUAUGAAACUACGUAUAGAUCAAUGGAGAAUAUGGAUAAUACUAUGAAACAAUUACUAAUAACAAUAGAAAGAUAUGGCAGAAGUGGCGAAAUACAAACAAGACCAGGUCCCAUGCAUGGUGCUCAUGGGUGCACACCACUAGAUGAGAUAGUAUAGGAGAGCAAGAAAAAUAUAGAGUGGGAGAAUGGAUGGCUGGGAGUACAGGCAGAAGAUGCAUGAAGAAAGAAGUCACUGUGAUAGAAUAAGUGACAUGGAAGAUAUUAGUGAUACAGUACGGAAGACAUUAGAAAUUCAGAGAAAAAAUUCUAACCAAUAGAAAGAAUGUUACCAAUUUACCGUACUGUACACUGCGAGCAGUUCCUCAAUAGAGAGACUGCCGAUUUAAUUGGAUAUAAGCAAUGUUUAUACAAAGGUGGAGCUCCAACUUGACAUGAGUGAAAAGUGAGCGUAUUUCGUUUUGUGAUGUGUUGUCGGCAGUCUAAUGUACUGUAGGCACUGUGACUUUAAGAAUCCAAUUAUACUGACUGUCCAUGAUCCAUCUUAAAUUGAUAGUGCAAUAGUGUAUAAAUGUAUAGACUAUAGAAUGAUGUAACAAAUGUUGUACGACAAAUAUAUGCAUUUUUAGCCAUCCUGAGACACCUCAUUUUCAAAAUUUUCUGGGGAGUAUACCGCCAGGUCCUCCUAGUGGUGCCCCCUAGUGUAGUGCCCUUUUUGCAUCUGUAAAUUUACCUUAUACAGGGUGUAUAAAAAAAACCUGAACAGAUUUGAAAUUGCUCUCAAUUUCGCAAAACACCUAUUUGAAUCCGUUUUUUUAUAUAUAUAGCUUCGUUGGGUACUUAUAAUGUAGAAUAAUAAAAAAAAAUUCUCGAACUCAAAUUGUGUAAACCAGGGGGGGGGGGGGUGUCUUUUCCAACGAACUAAAAAUGGCUCGCGCACGAAAUUUAAAAGCUGCAAUCAUAUUUUGAGUUACUAGAUGGAAAAUUUGUCGGGUUUUUAAUUACUGUACAAAAUUUCAGACAAUUUGGUUUAGUUUAAGCCCCUUAACUAUUCAUGCAAAGUUACAUUUUUCCUAAAAAUCAGCUAUUUGCAUGCUUAAUUAAUGCAUUUGCCUAAUUUGCAUAUGUCAGCAAUAUGCAAAUUAGGUAAAGGCAUUAAUUAAGCAUGCGAAAGGCUGAUUUUAUUAUUAUUAUUAUUAUUAUUAUUAUUAUUAUUAAAAAAUAUUUACACAGGAUAAAAAAAUGCUUCAGUGACUAUUCACUGCUAUCAACGCAUGUCCUGUAAACCUAAAACUACUAAAAAUUAUGAGUAUAAAAAGUCAAUAUAUUAAAAAUAUUAAAAAUCUAACUGCAAUCAAUUCUGUAAAGGAUUAUAAUGAACUAAGGUUCUCUUUAAGUUUUCGUUUAAAAAGCAUAAAACUGUCAAUUUCUCUAAUAUCUUUGGGCAAUUUGUUGAAUUCAAUUGCUCCAUUAUAAUAAAAGGCAUGCUUUGUGGAUUCCAAACGUAUUUUGGGAAUCCUGACACUUAUUCCGUUGUUCCUUGUGUUCUUUACAUGUUGUAACCGUUCAAAAUAACUGUGAAAGUUACUACACACAUUCCUGUCCAUGCAUUGUUUCACCAGGAAACACGUUUGCAGCUUUGCAAAGCUCAUCAGGUCAGGUAGUCUUAGAUCUGUAGAACAAAAUGAAUAGUUAAAGGACUUAAACUAAACCAAAUUGUCUGAAAUUUUGUACAGUAAUUAAAAACCCGACAAAUUUUCCAUCUAUUAACUCAAAAUAUGAUUACAGCUUUUAAAUUUUGUGCGCGAGCCAUUAUUAGUUUGUUGGAAAAGACACACCCCCCUGGUUCACAAAAUUUGAGUUCAAGAAAUUUUUUUCAUUAUUCUACAUUAUAAGUACCCAAAGAAGCUAUAUAUAUAAAAAACCGGAUACAAAUAGGUGUUUUGCGAAAUUGAGAGCAAUUUCAAAUCUGUUCAGUUUUUUUUUUAUACACCCUGUAGAGUCAGACCCUUGUACAUGUUAUCUAGUAAAUUAGUUUUAUGUUAUAUUCCAAAAUUAAAAGUAUUAAGAUAUAUUCUCAGCUGCAAGUAAGGAUGAUUUCCACAGUGCCGUAGCCAGCGUUUGAACUUUGGCGGGGCGACAUUUGUAUGCAUGGCAUUUGCAAUGCGAGCGCCAAAGGCGCGGGGAAUCCAUGGGGUCUAGCAUGCUUCCGCGGGAAAAUUUCGGAAACUAUUUCAGAGCUUUCAUAAGGGGAAUAUGAUACCAUAUAUUUAUGAGAAAAGAACCCAACACUGCGUUGUCAACAUAAAGAUAACUAAUUAACAAUUAGUCAUUGAAGGCAAGGUGAUUACAAGCCUAUAUUCACUGAGCCAAAGUGAAUAUAGGCUUGUAAUCACCGAGCCUGAGCCGACUAAUUCUUUUAGUAUAAUUUCAGUAUUGAAAAAGUUUUAUUUAUAAAUACAACUAAUACACUUGUUUAUUUUAUGAAUAUAAUUUGCAUAAAUAAUUUACUUAUAUCUGAUUUUCAGCCAUUUAUUUUGGGAAAAGCAAUAGUUACUUCUCAGAGCAGUUUGAGCAGUAAUGAGGGAGCCAAUCAAAAUGCUCAAAGGCUAAUUUUCAAUCCUGAAAUUAUAGUAAAGCAGGAUAAUUGGUAGAGCGUCAGCCCGGGUAACUUCAUAUGCGAGUUCAAAUUCUGCUCGAGUUAACUUUAUGUCUGAUUUAACGGGGGACUCGGCAACUAGACGUGAUCAAGUUGUUAAAUAAGAUGCAUUGAACCUUCAAGAAACUUCCACUCUUGAAGUUCCCUCUGGGGGAGCGGUUAUUCAAAGGUGGGUUUAGCGCUAACCCUGGGUUAAAAUUGAACCUGCUGUUUCAGUUUGUGUAUUUCUGCACGUCUGUUUAUUUCAAAACUGCAGAGAAGAAACCUUCUAGCUUUGAUGAAAUAUAACCCAGCUUUGAACACCGGCCCCAGCAGGUCUUUAAAACGUACCAAUUAUUGCCGUACUGUUGCCAAAUGUAUCAAUUAUUGCCGCUGUUUAGACUUUGCAAAAACCAGAAUUUCCAGAUGUAUUAAUUUUAUCAGAAGUACAACUACCAGUGGACGUCCUCUAUGUCAUCUUAUCACAGCUUCCUGUACGUGAUGUUUUACGAUACAUGCAAGUUUGCAAAGCUUGGAAGGUAGGAAUGUCCCUUAAACCCUUUGCUCUGUCUACUUCCAAACAAUUUUACUUGUCAGUAAGAAAAUCUCGUGCAUUAAUGGUUAAUCUGUCUAAUGACAGAUGAUUUUACUUGUGAAGAAAGGGAAAGUAUUUACUGCAGCGUUAUUGAUUAUUUAGAAUAGAAUUAAUGAUUAUGCAGAAAAUCUUUUUGUUGUCAACACAUUUUAAGCAGCAAAUUGAAUGCAUCUUAAUGUGCGUCUUAUAAUAUAUUAUAUUAUUGUCAAAUGUCAGACCAUUUUGUACGAGAGGUAUAAUCUAUGGUAAUAUUUUCUAUGUUAGGCCCGGUUUAGACGGCGAACUUUUCAUGCGCCGAAUCUAAUGUAAUGAUUAAGUGCGACGCUGCAUGAGCGGCGUCUAAAUCAAUUAAGUUCGGCAGGUUUUGUUAAGUUCGACACGACUCGAACAUGCGACAAGACAAGUCGUAUAUGCGACACAUGUGUCGCGGUUCGACAUUGAUUUAGACGCCGUGCUUUUCAUGCGCCGAACCUAAUGCAUAAUUAUUUUUUAACAUCAUAACAUGAUUUAUCAUAUAUUUGCAUUGUAUAAAUAUGUCCAAUAUAGUGUCCUCGCAAUUUGGUACGGCACAAUUAAGUUCGACGUCUAAAUCAGUUUCCAAUAUUUUGCCGUAUCUACGACAAUUAGAUUCGGCGCAUGAAAAGUUCGGCGUCUAAACCGGGCCUUAAUUCCUUUCCAGACAUUGCUGAGUGACAAGUAUUUUUGGAAGAUGUAUAUACAAAGACAUUUUGAUUUGGGGAUAAAAUCUGACCUCUCAAACGAGGGGCCAAUAGAAGAGUGGUCAGGUCCAGGAUGGACUAUGAGCAAUGACGUCGACGAGACCACAUGGUACUGUAUGUACUUGCUUUGUGUUAGGGACCGGUCAUAAAGUAAUUACUAACUGCUAGGGUGGGCUGGAGUGAUUUGGGAUGGGCCAUGGAAAAUCUUUGGGCAGUUUCGAUGGGCCGCCAAUUUUUUUGUAUGUCCACGGUUGGGCCACCAAACAAAAAAACAUGCAUGUCUACUUCAAAAAAUAAAGAUACUAAUAGUUUAUCAAAUGCAAAUGAUGCUAUUGUCUAUUGAAGCCAGUACUUUAUUUAUACAACAACAAAAAGUGGUCGAAUCACAGCAAAUACAACCAACUGGAGAGCAGCUCAGUACCAAUGUGUUUGUCAAGCUUGGAAUUACGUAUGUCAGUACAGUCCGUGCAUGUAUAUUUACAAUGUUCGUACCUGCAAGUUUUUUUUAUUAUAAAAGUGUAUUUUCCCAAUUUAAAUUGUAUGGGCCAUGCAAAUUUUUUUGUAAGAUUAGAUGGGCUUUGAAAUUUUUAUCUACAUCUUAAGAUGGGUCACCGAACUUAUUGGCAAAAUUUGUGAGUUUACCUCCAGCCCACCCUAGCAGUUACUUUAUGACCAGUCCCUUAAAUGCAUGUCUGGAUACACCCAGCACACCUUCAAGGUCUUAGCUGGGAUUUUAGAUUUCGGGAGAGUUUCUAAAUUUCCAUGGUGUAAUUGGUGUGUACUUGCCAGUUACCCAGAAUAGCCAAAUUUUCACGGUAACCGUUCCAGUUGUGCUCACAAUAGAGAGUUUAAGCUUUGUGUUAUACGGCAAACGACAAACGCCAGGCAAAGAAAAAUUUUACGGUAUCAGGCAAUAAAGAGUAAAUGAACUUGCUGCUUUGAAACUGCAAUGCAUGACUAUUCUUUCGACACAAGAAAGAAAAUAAGAAACGAAAAGGUUUAACGAAAAUUUUGUCAAGAAAGUUCGAACCACCUCCCGUUUGCCGUUCCCGGAAACGCGAAGCUUAAACUCCCUAAUAGACUAUGCCUGUUGUUGUUUUAUGAUUUUACAAUUAACCAAAUACAAGAUGAGGAAUGAGGAUACGCUUAUAUUUCACACUGAUAUUACGGCAAGUUAUUUUAGCAACUUAUGAGGCAUUUAAAUCUAUUUUAACACAAUAUGGUUCCCCAUUACCCACUGUAUAUCCAUCUAAACAUAAAAAAAAAAUCCCGAAUCACUCACCAAUUUCAACAAACUAUAGAUUAUAACUUUCUUACGACAGAAAUAGGAGAAAAUUCCCAUUAUAGUCAGACUAAUUUUAAAAUUAGACUAUAUAUGCAAAUAAAUUACCACAGCUAGAAAAAGCACACUAAAAAAAUUAGUAAAAUUACCAAGUUUGCUUGCGAAAUGUUGUAAAAUGCGGAAAAUAUAUCCUUGCAAAUUAAGUUUGCAAAUUUUGUGUAGUCUAUAUAUGUAUUGUGUGCGGAAAUUCCUACCACAUUUGUGCCGAAAAUGGUAGCAACUCGUACCCAGGGUCUUAGCAAUUUUUGCACGCAAUACAAAAGUAUACAAAAUUUGCGAAUCUUGCAAGGCUAUUUUACAACAUUUUGCAACCAAAUUUUUGCAAUUUUACUAAUUUUAGUAUGCUCUUUCUAGCUGUGGUGAUUUAGUUGCAUCUUCUUGCCUAGUUUUAAAAUUAGUCUGUUCUCCUAAAAUUUCUCCUAUUCUCCUGGUAAUUCUCCUAGUGAGAAUUGCUGCACUUCCCCUGAAAAUUCAGGGGAAUUAGAUGAAGUCUUGCUUACAAUUUCCUAAUAUAUGUUUAAUGCGGUGACAAGAAAGGGAACCAAAGUUCUAUUUUGCUUAUUCUGGUAUUUUGAAAGGUAUUGUUACUUUUCUGAGGAUGGAGAGGACGAUGAUAUCUACGUAAUGCGUCCAUUUCCUUCAAUGUGGAACUGUCGAGUCAUUCAUCCGUAUGGUUUGGACCCAUUUUCUGGUGAUGCGAGAAAAUUACAAGGUUUAUGUCGUUCUCUUGAAAUACUGACUUACAUGAGAAAUGAAGCGUCUCGCUUGGGUAUGCUAAGUGGUGAGUAACAUGUUUUGAUGUUUUACAAUUUUUCAACCGAAAAACAGUUCACAUUGCAAUGAAUAAUUUCCACUUUUUCCCCCCCCCCCCCUCCCACCCUUGGGCGCUUAUUUCCCCCCUUAGUUCUGGGCCGGUGGUUUAUUAGAAAGCAGGGGGGAGGGCCAAAUAGAGGUCCCAGGCUAAAAAAAUUAUCACGUCCUUGUAAAAGAAUAUCACGUUUUCAGUUAGGAUUUUUGGUAUCUCACUGAAUAGAACUAAUUGCUGAGGGGUUUGCUUUGUAAAUGGACAUUUCGAGCGUACAUAUGCAGUUCACACAUUUAUUAAAUCUGACCCAGGAGCAGUUGCGAAAAUUGUCAAGUUCUAAUCGCAAGUUGAUCUAUAUAUACUAAGGUGACGCCAAUGUAGCUCAGUUGAUUAUAGAGCGUUGCACAAGAAUCGCAAGGCCGCAGGUUCGAUUCGUGCGAGAGGGAUAGAUCCAAACAAAUGUAUAAAAUUCACUCGAAAUUUUUAUCUACAAAAUCCGAAAUAUUGGCAACCAUUUCAUUAUAGGCAACCAAUGUUCAGGCAACGAAAGCCAAAAUGAAAUUUGUGCCGUUAUAUUUCCUUGGGACAAGAAGGAACUACCUACACCACUAGAACUGGUGAAUGGAAUCUUCCAUUUUCAUCCAGAAAUAUAUGAAUACUAUACUAGCAACCCUGAGGACAUAGGCUCUUUGAGGGAAAAUAAAUUACACUUUCACAUUCGGCGAAAUGAACAUAACGUUGAUGACUCUGACGCUGAUUAUGACGAGGAUGACGAUGACCAUGAUUUAGACGAAAAACCAUGUCUGAACAGUAUUUUUGGGAUGGAUUUUCCUGAUCAAGAUGAACAAUGGAAAUAUGAAGAUUCACGAAAGUUUUAUGAGUGGUUACAACCAAUUAUGUGUCCAUCAGUUGCUAUAUAUGUUGGAGGAGAGAAGUUUAAUCCUGUUGCAAUCUUUAUGAUAGCACAGCUUGCCCCUGGGUGGGUAGGUGGGGCACUGACUGCAGCCGUAUGGACAUGAGUAGUUGUUGAUUGUCCGCAGUCCCCCCUCUCCCCAGGGUCGGUAGGCAGGACACUGACUGUGCUUAUUGUUAAUUUGUUCGUCAGUAUUUUGGUGCUGAAAACAUAACUGCAGUUAAUAUGUAAUGUUAUAGUAUAUAAUUACAUAUGUUGAAAAAAGUAUGUAAUAAUAAUAUUGAGAUACCAUCUUGACAGUGGCGAAGCUGGCCAUAGCAACAGGUUUGUCAGGUCAUGCUGUGCAAAUGUUUAAUCAUUUGCAUUUAUUAUAUUAAAACUUUUAAAAAUGUAUUGUCUGCUGGUUUAUUAGAAAGGCAUGAUCAGUUCCCAUGGCUAGCUUCGCCACUACAUAUUGAGACAAUAAAUAAUAUCCUAAGAUAUUUAUUAUGGAUGAGUUAAAACUCAAGAGUUGUGUUUAGUUAAGUUAGGAGUAAAAUGUGAAUGUAGAAUAACAUUAAAAACAUAUUGUUAGAAGAAAUUCAAAUAGUCGAUCCAUAUUGAGCAGAACUGUUUUCUGUUAGCCCCAUGAGCGUACGUGGUGGGACAGGGCGGGGGGCCUGAAUUAGUUGGUCAAAUUAUAAACGUAAGUUGGGGAAAAGAUGGGAAAAAUAAACUUAAGAGCCAAAAGUAUGUAAGAUGAUAGUCCAAAAUGCAAAAAUAUUAAGAUAAUAGUCGAAAAUUCGAGAAAAAUGUAACGUUUAAACCCUUUGGAAAGUUUUUCCAAAAUGUAGUCUGUACAAGUCAAAAACCGGACUUAUUCCUGUGGACGUGUGAUAAAAGAAUAGCUGUAUAUAAUUAUAUAUUAUGAAUAUGUCAAUUAAUGGAUUAUAUAAGGAGCCCAGAGUUUGAAGCGAGCAGAGGAAAAACAGGACAAGCAAGGAAGGAGUUCCUAAACAUUCAAAAACCGACGAAGACCUUCAGGAG